AUGCGGUGCUCCUCGGUCGCAACCGCGACGAUCCUCCAGUGGGUCGUCAUGACACUGCUUGUCUCGGCGAUGCCAACCCGCAUCAUCGGUGUGGCUGUCAACCCCUCCGUCUGGCGUUCUGCGUCAGGCAGCCAGAACCCGACCAAGAUGACACCACCACACCAAGGGUCACCGAACAAAUUGACAAAGAGCCACAACAGUGUGCACGGACCCCGUCCCGGCGUCGAGGGACCUCCGGAGGAGAUCUACUCCAUCCUCCAGCCCCAGGAGAUGCUGUCGCACCCCUUCGCCCGCGACCCGCGCUUGGGCGUGAGCUGGAAACUGUGGCGGACCGACGUCGAGAACACAUCGCCGGUCCAGUUCGAGUGGAACAUGGCACAACGCGUUCCAGCGAACCUGGGUGGACUGGGCGCCUACGUCGGCACUGUCGCCAUCAAGCACGCCUUUAAAGCCGAGGGCAUGUCGUUGGCGCCGGAGGUCGUCGAAGGCAACUGCGUGCCACUGCACUGCGCUCCUAGAGAGGAGUAUUGUACGGCCUCGUACAAUGUACACAACGACUGGGGCCAGCAGCAUGACUGUGGGGAGGCCGUCGACUUGAAGUCGACGCUAUGUGGUUGA